GUUACACUCUACUUUCUCUCUCUGUCUCUAUCUUUCUCUCUCUCUCACAUCAUUUCAGAAAUAUUUUUCCUGUUUUUCUCUCUAAGAAUCUGCAAAAAUGUGUGGUGGUGCUAUCAUCUCAGAUUUCAUUGGUGUCAAGCGUGACCGUGACCUCUGGUUUGAGCUUGAUCCUUCUGUUGAUCUACUUGGUCUCGGUGCUGCUACUUACACCCCCACUCCCAAAGAGUUACCUCCCCUCCACUUUCCACAAUUUUACUCACCCAAAAGAGUGGUAGCAUGUGACAUUGCGGAGAAGAAACAAAGCUUGGUAACGGUAGAGAAUGGUAAGAAAAGCACUGGAGGGAAAAGAGCUCGUAAGAAUGUUUACAGAGGAAUCAGGCAGAGGCCAUGGGGGAAGUGGGCUGCUGAAAUAAGGGACCCACAGCAAGGUGUCCGUGUCUGGCUCGGUACUUUCUCGACGGCCGAAGAGGCCGCCAGAGCGUACGAUGCUGCCGCGAAGAGAAUCCGCGGAGACAAGGCUAAGCUCAAUUUCCCAGAUGCUCCUGUUGGUUAUGCUGAUAAAGCUGUCACCGCUCCUCCGAUGAAGAAGCGGUGUGUCAGCUCUAGUUCUGAUCAAGCCAGUUCGCAGCAGGCUAGCUCUGAGUCUGUUGGGUCUGAGCUUGAUCAGGAGAUGGAAAUCAAGAAGAAGAUGUCUGAUCUUGAAUGGAUCCUAGGUUUGGAGAAUGACCUUCCUCCGUUUCCUCAGUCUCAGGUUCAGACUCCGGCUCAAGUUGUGACCCAAUUUCAGCCUGAAUCUGUGCCUGUGCCUGGGCCGUUCACUAUGCCUGCUGAUUUCGACAACAGCUUCAUGGAUGCAUGGACCUUUGAGGAAAUGGUUGAUCCAAUCCAUAACCUGAUUUUUAACUAGGGAGUUAAUAAUGAGAAACCAUAGCACAAAUGGAACAUCAUUUGGUGGUUCAUUAUUAUUGUUAUCUAGUUUAUUUACUAUGCUUAUGUUUAAAGUUUUGUGACUGUAUAAACUAUGUGGUUUGCAAACUUAGUAUGGUGUUGUCUUUGUUUUGUUUU